AUGGUAGCAGGACGAUCAGCUCUGAGCGCUGUGUCGAACCCUGAGGGAGCUGAGAACCUGCAGGGCUCGAUCGACCGAGCUCUCGACCUGCUGGUGAAAGCAGCGGAGACGAAGCAGGAAAACAGCGAGGCUGUAUGCGAUGCGCUGGAGAGUCUGGAGCAAAACAUGCGAAAGAAGUGCAAGGAAGACUCUGAGACUUUCCUCAACACGGGUUUCUGUAAGGGAUACGAGACAGCUCGUCAAGUUCUCAACAACCUGGACGGCCAAUGGAGGCUGAUCUUCACAACUGGUACCAAGGAGACACAGAAACGAUUUGGUAGGAAAGUGAACUACUUUCCUCUCAAGGCCAUGCAAACGUUCGACGUGCAGAACGGGCUGAUCACCAACGGCAUCUACUUUGGGGAUACUGCAGUGCUCAAGUUCUUCGGCGAGUUUGAGUUCAACCUCAAAUCCCGCAAGCUGGAGUUUGACUUUGAUAAGAUCGCUGUGCUGGGCCUUGAGGUGAACCUGCCCAAGGGCAAGGCGGCAGAGAUCGGGUCGGCGAGUGGCCUCGGCAGCAGCAACAACAUGGACCUGAUCAAGCAGUCGCGCAAGCCUUUCUUCAACUGGAUAUCGGCAGAUGCAGAGAUCGCAACAGCAAGAGGAGGCGGUGGCGGGUUGGCCUUGUGGAAGCGAGUAGCAUGA